UCUCUCCCGGAUCUUCCCCAUCCUAGAACUUUGAAUUCGCCGAUAGCAAAUCAUCGAGGAUUGACGUGCUUCGGCUGCGACGUUGCGUGUGUCAAUGGGAGCCCGGUGCGCGGGUGGUGUAAGUGAGGAGAUGGAUGAUGUCAUGCCGGCAACCACCUCCACUGAUAAAAAGAGACCAGGGGGGCUGGUUAAGCGGAUAGAAAUCGGGAUGAUGCGAUUUCAAAGCGAAGAGGGGAAAGAGGAAUUCUGCCAAAAGACCGCGGUUCCCAUCAAUUGAGCUGUCCUAGCCACUGUACAUCAACCUGUGAAUAGCAUCCAAAUACUUUGGACUGGAAAUCACAGUGAGAAACAGGUUUCUGAAUAGCUUCAUCAUGGUGCACCUCAAGACACUAGUCGCCGCCGCCGCCGCCGGCGCAGGCCUGGCCCAAGCUUCCCUCUCUGGCCUCGACGAGAUCCCUCCUCUGGGCCUGGGAACAUGGCUGUCCGACAAGAGCAAGGUCGCCGAUGCCGUUGCCUUUGCCGUGGGCGAGGUAGGCUACAACCACAUUGACGCCGCUCUCAUCUACAGGAACGAAGACCAAACCGGCAAAGGCCUCGCCUCCUCCGGCGUCGCCCGCAAGGACGUCUGGGUCACCUCCAAGCUCUGGAACACCGACCACCGCGCCGACCGCGCCGCAGCCGCCAUCAAGAAGUCCAUCUCGGACCUGGGCGUAGACUACCUCGACCUCUACCUGAUCCACUGGCCCGUCGCCUUCAUCCCCGACGACCCCAACAACGCCCUCGACCGCGAGACAACCCUCGUUGACACCUGGAAGACCCUCGAAGGUUUCGUCAAGGCAAACCUAACCCGCCACAUUGGCCUCUCCAACUUCGCCAAAGCCGACGUCGAGACAAUCUUGAAGGCGGCGGAGAUCAAGCCCUACGCCCACGAGUUCGAAACCCACCCGUACCUCCAACAACAAGAGUUUGUAGACUGGCACAAGGAAAAGGGCAUCGAGGUCAUCGCCUACUCCCCGCUCGCCAACACGAACCCGACGUACAGCGACGACCUGCCCGCCAUCUACCAGGACAAGUUCUGGGUCAACGUCGCCGCCAAGAAGGGCGUUUCCGUCUUCCAGGCCGUGCUGGCGUGGGGUAUCCAGCGGGGCACGAGCGUGAUUCCCAAGAGCACAAAGGACUCGCACAUCAUUUCGAACCGCAAGGCGCUCGACAUUGAGUUCACUGAAGAGGAGUUGAAGGAGAUUGGCAAGCAGGAUAAGAAGCACCGCUUGAGCAACCCCGGGGCCAAGUGGGGUGUUAAGCUGUUUGCUGAUCUGGAUGACCCUGGCAGGAAUGAGCCCACGAGCGAGGAGCUCUGAGCAACG